UUUCACCAUGUCUGUACAUGUAAACUGGCUGACUUAGUGGCCUUUUUACAUAUGACUUUUAUCUUGCAGUGAUAGAAGAAAAAAGUGUUAUCUAAUAAUUUAUCUACUCAUACUUUGCUACAUUUAUUUUAAAGAUGCUGUGUUUAAGAUGUGUGCUGCUUGUAUUUAUUGGAUGUUUACCUUGUGUGAUUGGCCAACAAUUCCGAAGACUUCCGUUGGAUCCAUGGUUUGCGCAGUGCGCGAGAAAAUUUUAUAAUAGAUUUAACAAUGUUGAGAACUGUGUAGGAUUAACGAUAAAACAAUACUGUACCAUGUCAGCAGAAUGGAACAAUAUGCGAACAAGUAAACUGAGCAAAAAGUUUUUAAUGCGUCAUCCAAGGGCAUUAGGCUACAUUUCUAACAUAAAGAAAGCAGUUGGUUCAGAAACAAGUAAAACACGAGUGAAGAGACAGGCCGAGGAUAUCCGUGUAAGGAAAGAAUACAGGAUGAUGACAGAUGAAGAGAGGAGUCGUUUCCAUAGGGCUAUAUAUAAGAUGAAAACUACAAUGGAAGGAGAUAUAACACGAUAUGAAGCGUUUGCAGCUUAUCACUCUGGGGACACUCAGUUUACUGCUCACGGAGGAUGCAACUUCCCUGGGUGGCAUAGGAUUUACCUUCUCAUGUUUGAAGAGGCGCUUAAUAUUGAGGAACCGGGGCUGGGUGGUAUUCCUUACUGGGAUUCAACGCUUGACUUCUAUUUAGGCCCAUUUGCGCGUAAUUCCAUUAUGUGGUCAGGAGAAUUCGCAGGAAACGGAAACGGAACCGUGACACAGGGAUCGUUUGCCGGACCUACUUCCGAAAACGAUCUUAUGCGUAACGUAGGACUCUCAGGACAAUUGCUUUCUGAAGACGAUGUAAAAAACAUUACAAGAAGAACAAGGUUUGGAGAAAUCUGCGGAAACGCUGAACCUGAGUCUGAUAUCGAGUUUAAACAUGGUCCGGUACAUAUCUUUGUAGAUGGACAAAUGGGGGUCAUACGCACAGCUGCAUUAGACCCUGUAUUUUUUCUUCAUCACGCAUUUGUAGAUUUUAUUUGGGAAAUGUUUAGAGAAAACUCAGAAAGCCAUGGCGUAGAUAUUGAAACAGACUAUCCACAAGAAUUUGGAGAUAUAUUCCAUGCUCCGGAUGUAAGACUUGAUUUAGAGCCGUCUCUUUUUGUCAUAGACUCACUGCAAAAGCGUUUUAAAGCCGGAUAUCGCUAUGCUCCCCGACCAACUUGUGAUGUUGAACUAUGGACCUGUCAUAGCAAAUGGCUUAAAUGCAUUAACCAUCCCACAGCUGGACCGAGAUGUGUGCCAAUUUUGAUAGGAGAAGAACCAGUAGUAAUUUCUACAACUACAACUACAACCACUACCACCACUACAACAACUACCACUCCAAGUACAACAUCAACUACAACUACACCUUCCACCACGACCACUCCAACCACAACUACCCCCACAACCACAACGAAACGCCCAGAUUGCCCCACUCUACCACCAAAUCCUCAUCCACCUUACCAGCCUCCUCGCCGUGAUUAUGACAUUGAUGAUGGACUUAGAAUCUUACCAACUCAGAACACAUUCGGGGUCAAUGGAGACUAUGAUACAGAUCACUGGAUGUACCUACCAGUAAGAAUAACGGUUAGGAGGCCGAACGACUAUAAAGCUUAUCGCUCGUAUCCAGUUAAAAAGGGCAAAGUUCAACAAGGUGGCAACGAUGUAUAUUCUCCACAGCCACCACCGACUGAGGGAGAGAAAAAAGCAUAUAAUAACAUUGAUCCAGGACAGCCAAAACGCUACGAACACUGUCAAACUUCCAAAAGUGGAGCUGGAGUUGUCUAUGUUCAAACUGACGGCAUUAGCUAUGAGGGAAAAUACAUCGAAUAUGCUGUUGUUGAUAAUCGACUUGCAAUUUCAGUGGCAUUAGCCUAUGUAGCAGUGAAAGAUCCCAAACAAGGAAUGUCAGAAGUCUUAUUCACAGCUUACGAUAACUGUGGAAGAGUUUGCCAUCCAUCGUGUUUAAAUAUGGACACGAGGCAGUAUGAAAGAUGUACCGGUGCAAUGCGAAUUACUAAUCCAAGCUAUAUGUAUACAAAUGGCAGCUCUUAUGGAGAAUCGGUUGAGAAAGUUUGGAAGAUUGGUAAUGAAUGUCCGCAGUUUAAAACUGACAAUAUCCACCUAUCAUUCUUCUGUGAUUAUAGUCCGAGAUGGCCUUGGCCGGAUGCUCUUCAACAGCCAGAAAUCAGAAUGAAAGUACCCCCAAGCAUGAGGAGACCCCAGCAACAACCAGUGAAUUUGAUAAACCCUGCAUUAAAACUCUGCAAACCCAGGGGAAGAAACACAUUCACUUCGUGUCCAAUCAGAAGGGAACAAUGCAAUGCGCCUUGUCAUACUGGGGAAAGGUUUGCAUGUACUGAUAAAUGCCAUGUUUACUCGGAGUGCCAGGAUAAUGCCAUAUUUGUUCUGCGUUGCCAGAAGGGUUACAACUUCAAUCCUGCGACCAAACGGUGCGAUAAACAUUACGUGUGCACCGUUCUCCCACCAAAACGGCAACCAACGUCAUCAAGAAAUCGUUUCCUUGAACUCGCUCGACUCCGACGUCUCCGUCUUCGUCAGCAGAUGAAUAGAUCUAACACUCAAUCAGAACCCGACCCACAUGCAGGCAAUACUCGUGAUCCACACCCAGGACUCGGCCGUCGUACACGUGAACAACUUAACCGUAGCAAUCGCAGAGACUGGCGAUCUAGAAGACAAUGGGGAUCGCGAAGUGGUUAACACUUUUCAACCAAUGAAAUCCAAAAAAAAACUUUAAAGUUUGUUGUUUGAGAAGAUAAGUUCAAGUCUCAGAAAAAUGCACUUUAACUACAUUGGUUUUGUUUUUAAAGGGCAUAUUGUUUAUCCAUAUGUUUAAAUCAAUUCCUGUUUUGGAAACGGCAUGGUUUUAUAUGAAGCUUAGGUCAAGUUUGCUUUUAUAGUAAUUUAAUCUUUGGGAGAGCUACUAGUCAACUUAUGCUGUGUGGACUUUCAUUCCGACACACUGUUUUAAAGUCACUUGAGUUUAUUUCUUUACUUGCGCUGCUUCAUUUCAUAUGUAAGUAUGUAUGUAAUGGAUUUUUUGAAUAACAAGCUUUUUAUACUCCCCAGUAUGUUAUAUGGAUUAUUCGUGGUCACUAUAAUUGUUGAUAAGGGGGAAUCAAAUGAGCAUCUGUGAUAUAUAAUCUCACUUGCUGUAGUGCUGAUCUAUGUUAAGGAUACAAAGAGCCGUACGGUGAAAUAUAUCUCUUUAAAAAAGAUUUCUAGACUACAGAAUCCGGUGCAAUAUUUUCAUAAUUAAACGUGUCUGUGCUUUAAUAUGGCGAACUUAAAUCCUUUAUAAUGCAUCAGAUGAUAUAAAACCAGGCAAAUUAUUAUUUGAUGUAUAAGGUGAUAUUCAUUAAGUCCUGUUUAUUUGAGAAGUAUUUUUGAGAUUAGUACGUUUUGGAGCAAUUCCUGUGAAAUGCAUGAUUUAAUAAUACGACUGUUUGAAAUUAUAUUGAAGUUGCACACAUCUAUAAAUUAAGAAAUAGACUAUAGUGAAAUAAUGCAACUGUUUGAAAUUAUAUUGAAGUUGCAUACAUUUUUCAAUUAAGAGAUAGACUAUAGUGAAAUAAUGCAACUAUUUGAAAUUAUAUUGAAGUUGCAUACAUUUAUCAAUUAAGAAAUAGACUAUAUUUUAUAGUGAAUAGACUAUAGUGAAAUAAUGCAACUGUUUGAAAUUGUAUUGAAGUUGCAUACAUCUAUCAAUUAAGAGAUAGACUAUAGUGAAAUAAUGCAACUGUUUGAACUUGUAUUGAAGUUGUAUACAUCUAUCAAUUAAGAAAUAAAUAGACUAUAAUGAAAUGAAUGGUUGAAACUGUCAAAUACACGAUAUUAUAAUGCGACUGUUUGAAAUUGUAUUGAGGUUGCACGCAUCUAUAAAUUAAGAAAUAGACUAUAGUGAAAUAAAUGGUUAAAACUUAAAAACGACCAUUUACUCAAGAUUUUAUUUCCAAUCUUGAGUUUAGUUCUAAGCUGCAAUAUAUAGACUGUAGAUGAUUAAAUAAUGGUCCCAUAAACCAUAUGUGCAAUAUUUUGUUUUUUCUUCUUAUGUUGUAAGUGUGUUGUGUAUAUAUGUGUACAUAUUAUACGAUGUAAGAAUAUUUCGUUUAUGAAAUAAAAUGAAAUUUUAUUUUCUACAAAUAAGUUGGUUGUUACGACAAUAUAUGAACUGUUGAACACAAUGAAAGGCGCUGGUCAGAGUGAUGAAGAUUGGUUUGAGGUUAAGUGAAAGCAUAAUGCCAUUAUAUGUUCGUGCGUUUUGUUUAAAAAAUCAUUCUCACUAAAAUGAGAAAUAUGUCUUUGAUAUGUGUAAUUAGGUCAAAUCAUCAAAUAAAAAUAUUUAAAAACAAAAUGUUGUUUUCAAUUCGAUCCAGAUCCUGUAAAGUAUACGAAUUUGACGGUAUUGUUUUAUUAACAAUUUAUAACGUUUGUUGCAAAAUAUUUAUCUAAAAAUGAUAAAAAAUUUAACAGUAACCUAUUUUACUGUACAAGUAAUAUAUUGUACGAUCUUUUCCGCUCGAUAUAUGUACAUUUUAUCUCGUUAAGGUUUUUUUUAAUACACGAAACUUUGUCAAUGUGUUUGAUUUGUUGUGCAACUUUCCAUGUGUAAGUUUUAUUAUAAAGUUGGAACGUUAA